CUGUACCCUCUUCAUUCUCGGCAGCUGCCAAGUCGACAGAGGUUUAGGCCGCGGCUUCGAUGAAAACCGGUGGAGAAUGGAGCUACAGCGGGCGGCAGGGCUGCUCAAUUUGCCCAUGGGGCCUGACUCACUUUGCUUCAACAAGGAUGAGUUCAUGAAGGAUGAUUUUGAUGUGGAUCAUUUUGUGUCUGAGUGCAGAAAACAUGUUCAAUUGGAAACUCUUCGGGAUGAUCUGGAACUUUAUUAUAAGCUUCUGAAAACUGCUAUGGUAGAACUGAUAAAUAAAGACUAUGCAGACUUUGUCAACCUUUCUACCAAUUUGGUUGGCAUGGACAGAGCUUUGAAGCAACUAACAGUACCAUUGGGUCAGUUGAGAGAAGAGGUGAUGAGUCUCAAGCUGGCAGUUAGUGAAGGCAUUCAAGCCAUUGAUGACCGUUUGCUUAAAGAAGAUGACAUCCGGAAGAAAAAGAUGUGUGUGUUAAGACUCCUUCACGUAAUCCGAUCGGUGGAAAAGAUUGAAAAGAUCCUUCACUCUCAGUCUUCCAAAGAGGCUUCCCCCUUUGAAGCAAGUAGUCCUUCCUUAGCUGGACAAAUGCUGGAAAGAAUUGGGACUGAAUUUAACCAGUUACAUUUUCAUGCUGUGCAGAGCAAAGGAAUGCCCCUUUUGGACAAAGUGAGACCCCGAAUAGCUGGAAUCACAGCCAUGCUUCAGCAGUCGCUGGAAGGGCUGCUAUUGGAAGGCCUGCAAACUGCCAAUGUUGAGAUUGUACGUCCUUGUUUACGGACGUAUGCGACCAUAGACAAAACAAGAGAUGCAGAAGCGCUGAUUGGUCAGGUGCUUGUGAAACCAUAUGUGGAAGAGGUAGUUGAUGAACAACAUGUUCAGUCUGGGACAACUGGCCUCCGAGAAAUGUAUGGAAAGCUGCUAGACUUCAUUCCCAACCACUGUCGGCUCCUCCAAGAUGUGACUGGCGGAGCAGUAAUUGGUGAUAAGGCAGAAGUGAUUCCAGGUUAUGAUUUUACAGUGAAUUCGGUCUGGCCAGAAAUGGUACGAGGUUUAGAAGAAAAGGUGCCUUCGUUAUUUAAUCCAGGAAAUCCAGACAUGUUCCAUGAGAAAUACACAGUAACUAUGGAAUUCGUUAGAAAAUUUGAGUGGCAGUGUGCAUCCCAAGCAAGUGUAAAGAGACUGCGAUCGCACUCGGCAUACAAAAGUUUCAACAAUAAAUGGAGCCUACCUGUUUAUUACCAGAUCAGGUUCAAGGAAAUUGCUGGAAAUUUGGAGUCCUCUAUAUCUGAGGGUUUAAAGGAAGCGCCAGAUGGAAGCCAGUUUAGGCUUUCAGUUACUCACGUUCUAUGGCAGAACCUUCUGAAAUGCUGGGCUGAUCACAUCUAUCUACCCCCGCUGGCUCACCGCUUCUGGAAAUUAUCUCUGCAGUUACUGGCACGUUAUUCCAAGUGGAUAGAUGAGUUGAAAAUUGCAUCACCAAGCAAAGACCUUGCUCAGGAUGGGAUCAAACUUGCAGCUGCCAACAACAAUAUGGUGACCUCUCCAAGUGAAAGUAAUGAAGACCAAGGAAAUGGGUUGGCUUCCGAUGUUAAAGUUGUACCAUCUCUUUCUGUUAACCAACUUGUGUACCUUGUUUCAGACUUGGAUAAAAUCCAGGAACAGCUUCCAGGUCUUUUGGAGAUAAUUAAACCAAGGCUGGAGAACAUCGGGUUUGCAAAUUUCUCCCUCAUUUCAGAAGCACUUGCAGAUUCUCAGACUUCAGUGGUAAGCAAGCUGCCUGCAUUAAGUGAUAGAAUUAUUGAGGAACUCAGUGAAGCCUGUUUCAAUUAUCUUAAAAAUGCUUCUGAAGUGCCCAGGCUGUAUCGAAGGACGAACAAGGAGGUCCCUAUCAAGGCUUCCUUAUAUGUUGAAAAUGCUUUGAAACCCCUGCACCAGCUUCAAACUGAAUAUAAAAGUGUUGUGAAUGAAAACAGGAUAGAGGAGUGGCUGUCAGGUGCUCUCAGAAUUUGCAGUGAAAGGUAUUACGAAACAGUUUCUGAUGUUCUUAGCUCUGUUAAAAAGAUGGAGGAGAGUCUCAAGCGACUGAAACAAGCACGGAAAUCUGCAGCUGCAAGCAGCAUGGGAACAAAUAGUGGCAUUAGUGAUGAUAACAAAAUCAGGCUGCAGCUCGCUUUGGAUGUUGAAUACCUGUGGGAUCAAGUCCAGGGACUGGGUCUGCAGAUGUCAUCUUUCAGGCAGUUUACAGCUUUGCUAGAAUUAGCUCAUUCAGCCAAAGCAAUGGCAAUGGUGGAGCCAGUCUGAGACAUCACUGGAGCCAGGUUUCAAUGAGAGCCUACAAUCGCCUGCAUUAUACAACCAACCCAACAGUGACACAGUUAAACACUAUCAGGAUCAUGCAACAGUUAACUCCAUCAGAACCUAUAUCUGCAAUUAAUCCUACCCUAUCUUGCUCAAUUUCUAGUUUUCAUAAACAGGUGUAAAAAUGCAGUUUGUUUAUCAUUUGAACAGUACUGCAAAAUACAGUUCGACGAUGAUGGAUCUGUGUUUGUACAUUGAGUUCAGAGCUGGACAAUUUGACGUGGAUUUCAGUUCCAGCAUCGAAUAAGUGCAGUUUUAUUUUCAAAUUCCUUGGAGAAGCUUGGAAUCAAAACUACAAACUGAAGGGAACUAUAGAUUAUUUUAUUUUGAGCUUGUAUAGUAAUUUGUUAUAAUUCCAGCUGUCAAUGAUUUGUUUAUCUAUUUAAAUAAGUUCAAUAAAGAAUUCGCAUAAAA